GGAUACUCCAAGCAAACUGCACUCUGAAAUUCUUGUGGUGGAUUCUUGUAUCCUAUGCACACGAUCAUGAAAAAGUGAAGCAGUGUAGCUUUUGUUUUUGUUUGAAUAGUAACUGUAACCGUGACUCUCUGGCUGAUACUGUAGUUGUCAGUUGCCCUUGGUUUGUCCUGCGGGUUAUCAUUGAAGGUACACACGUUCAAACACACAAUCACCAGGGUGUGUACACACAGGCUUGUCCCAGUGACAGAAGUAAACAGGCAGACACAACCUUUUCAUGUCCCUGCUGCCGGUCAUAAAUCCUGUUCUCUGAAACACAAGAGAAUAAUAGCCACUGUGUUCUGAGGCAAGAGGGAGCCAGGAACAAGAUGAUCACACACAAGUUUUUUUCAACUGAAAACUGACCCAAACCACUGGUCUGGAAGCCAACUGGUCCUCUACCCUGAUUAUGUCGCUGAAAUCCCUCCUGGAGCAGAGUACACAGCGCUGCAGCACUGGCAACCAUCCUAGACACCUUCCACACAUCCACAAAAAGAACACAAGACCCGGUGUGGUGCUAGACUGACCAGUGACAACCCAAGAGGAACAAGGGAUGUCUCAGAGGUUUCUACUCAACUGAGCAAAACUGUCAGUGCUAGAGAAUGCCAGGCCAAACCCUUAUCUAGCCCUCAGUCCAUAGCGAAAGACCUGCCACAAUGGCUCUGGUCAGAUGGGAACAUAGUAACUUCAUGCUGAGAGUGGAUCUUGUUUUACCUGCUUACUCAAUGCUCCUUGGCGUCAAGUUUUAAUGAUGUCUUAUUUAGUUAUUUUGAAUGACUUUUGGCCCGCUCACCAGAAAGGUUCUCCACUGUGAUUUUUGUCCUGAACGGAUGCCCCUCUCGAUGUUCCCCCGCACUGGGAAUCCUUGCAACCCUAUGUCUAGGCCCAUGAGGCUGUGUGACGCUUUGCUCCCAGAGGCAAUUCCUGUGUUUACGUGAGGCCUUCUCCCCACUCUAUGGAGACAGAGCCCAGCCGUCCUGCUGAUGGGAAGAGGUCUGAAAGGCAAGAGCAACAUCUGUCUGCUGGGGGCACCGAGCCCCCCACGGGAUCCCAUCCAUCUCAGCUACAGCAGCCGCCGUCCAACCCCCGCCCUGUCCAUGGUGCCCUGGGUCGCCUGCACCAUCGUCAGCCCAAACGCAGCGACCUGCUCUUCAGGCUCCAGCAUCAACACAAGACUCCGGCAGCAGUCUUGCAGCUCUCGACAGAGACCCCAGGUCCCUCAAGAGGCAGCUUCUCCUCCACCUCCUCCUUAUCCCUACCGUCCUCAUCUACCCAAGGUUACAACACUCAGAGUGUCCUGUCCCAGUCAAGCCAGGAGGCCCCAGAGUGCGGCUUGUCAAAAAGGGGGGAUAGGAAGCCCCAGAAACCGGGGAAGUAUGUGUGCACUUACUGCGGCCGUCCUUGUGCCAAACCCAGUGUUCUCCAGAAACACAUCCGCUCCCACACCGGGGAGAGGCCUUACCCCUGCACCCCCUGCGGCUUCUCCUUUAAGACCAAGAGUAACCUGUACAAGCACCGCAAGUCCCAUGCCCACCGCAUUAAGGCGGGUCUGGUGUCGAGGCGGGAUGAGCUCAGCAUGAGUGGACCUGAGGGGGGAGCCCCAGGUGAGGACCCUGAGGAGCCCACAGAGGGGGAGAGCACAGACUCUGAGGAGGAGACUGGUAAAGAUGGGAAAGAGAGGCUGGGCAAACAAAUGAGCAGCAGCAAUGUGAAAACAUCAAGGCCAGAGGUGGGUGAGAUGCCUGAUGACUCCCAGGCCGUGAAGCAGAGGCUGGCCAUGAGGCUGAGCGAGAGAAACCGUGGCCCCGUGGUCGACAUAGACAACCCUCCAUCCACCUCCACUUCCUCUUCCUCACUGGGACCCGGCAGCAAGGGCAGCCAAGAGUCUGGCUAUUUCUCCAGUUCGGGGAGUGCUGAGAUGAGCAGAGCUGACUCACAGGUGAGCCCUCCCACUGCCAAUGCCAAAUCCUAUGCUGAGAUCAUCCUGGGCAAGUAUGGGCGACUGGGAGGGCAGCAACGAGGUCCCCAUCAGCAGCACGCCCCCUCUUCAUCAUCAGGGGUGGAGGAAAAGACCAACAUGCCCUUUAGUGUGCCCAAGACGCAGGUCAUCGAGCACAUCACCAAGCUCAUCACCAUUAACGAGGCGGUGGUGGACACGAGCGAGAUUGACAGUGUCAAGCCCAGGCGCUCCUCUCUCUCCAGGAAGAGCAGUCUGGAGUCGCCCAAGUUCUCCUCCCCCAAAGACCCCUAUGUGUUUGAAUUUAAGGGAGAUAGCCCUGGCACCAGCAGUAUGGCAAACCAAUCACUCCGUCCCCAUGCCCAAGAUGCUGACCCAUCGGUGGUCCAGGAGUCUUCUUUCCCAUUGCCCCUGCUAAGAAGUCAUUCGAUGCCUGCAGCAGCAUGCCAGGGGGACCCCUCAACCAGCAGCUCUACCACCUCCUCUCCCAGAGGAGUCCGUCGUCUGAGCCAAUCAUUUGACGAACAACAGGCCGUGGUUGCUGAGAUGAGGGUAUGCGGGCAGCACCGUAUGCUGAGGCGCCAGCCUGCCAUCGAAGUGCCCCUGGGGGCUGAGCUCUUACCGGAUGAGGCUGGUUCCUCCUCCUCAGCCACAGAAAGAGACAUUUCUAGGAAGCAGCAACAGCAAUGUAAGGGUCCUAAUCUCUAUGAGUGUGCGGCCUGCGGAGCCUUCUGCAAGCAUAGCGAGGGAUACAAGGCGCCCAAAGGACUCUGCACAGUCCAGCCUACAGAGGAGCAGGAGAGAGGAGAGGUGGGCGGAGCAUGCCGGGAGGGCCGCCCACAGAUGAUGCACUAUAAGUUCCGAGCGCUGGCCAUGGCAGUGAGGAAGAGAAGGAAAGAGGAGAGUCUGGAGGAGGAUCCUCCCAGCCCCGGGCCUGCAGGUGUUAUGACCUGUAGCCCUGCAUCAUCCACUGCACCACCAAGCCUGCCGGAACAGAGCAGGGCCUACUUGGGUGCUCCUCCACAGUCUGAGCCACUGCAGCAAGACAGGAAGGGCAUCUCGGUCAUUCAACACACCAGCUCUUUUGAGAAGCAUGAAUGCAUAUCCAUGGAAAACCAGGAUUCUAGAGAGUUUCAAGAGUGCGAGCCAACACUGCAACAGCAGCCGCAGCCAAAAUCAUCGCCCUCCAUGUUCCGUCUUGUUCGCCAGCCCAACAUACAAGUGCCAGAGAUCCUAGUGACAGUGGAGCCUGAUACUGACAUGGUGUCAGCAUCACCUCCGGCAUUUUCCUCCAAAGAGUCAGAGAGAGUUGUAGAGGAGUUCCAGUGGCCUCAGCGCAGCCAGAGUAUGGCUCAGCUCCCUGCUGAGAAGUUGCCACCAAAAAAGAAGCGUCUCCGUUUAGCUGAGGCAGCUGCACAGUCCUCUGGUGAGUCUAGUUUUGAGUCUGUAUCGUUGUGUCCCCGAAGCCCCAGUCAAGAGAGCAAUGUCUCCCACACCUCCUGCCACUCUGCCUCCUUUGAAGACACAGGGGGGAAACCUGCUGAGCCUUCCCUCUGGGGAUCCGGCAGCACCCAGGUCUCCCACAUGUUGACUGUGCCCUCGGGCCAUCACCGACACAGCCAAUUCCAAAGAGAAAUGCGCCGGUCAGCCUCAGAGCAGGCACCCACCAGCCCCCAGCAGACACCACCAGUCGUAGAGACCAGGAGCAAGUCCUUUGACUAUGGGUCCCUUUCUCCACAGCAGUCUGUGUCAGCCUGGAAGGAGAGGAGGAAAUGCCUGCUGGUGAAGCAUGCCACCCUGGGUGAGCAUGAACCAGAGGAAGGGUUCACAUCCAGCCAGUCAGCCCGACCAGGGAGCCCCAAGGCUGGCCCUUCCUACACCAGCCACCUUGCCCUCCACCUUGGUGAAGCCAGCACCUCCAGACUAAUUUCGGAGGGAGUAGGAAAGACCUUACAGCUGUUCCACCAGCCCAAGAUUGUCCCCAUGCGACCAAUGAGUCAAUAUCGGUUCCCUCCAGGGCCAAUAGCGCAGCUCCUACCAGUCACCACUGCCAUCUCAGAUGUCCUUUCCACCCACAUCUUCCACAGAGCUUUCUUGCAAACACACCCUUCCCCUACGCCCAUACCUACACACCCAGGUCAGCCUCACAUGACAGAACAUCUAGGUCUCCCCCUCAAUCCAUUCUCAACUCUGCUUCCCCUGCAGUAUCCCACCGCACCUGGCCAAUCUGUGUACCUCCCUGUGGUCCCUGGGCUCACAAUCCAAGUCCCCUCGCAGCCCCCUAGGCCCUCCACCAUGGUGCUCCCUGCCUCAUCUCCUCAGUCGUUUGCCCACCUCCCCAGCCACUACCCGCGGCCCAUCAUCACAACGUGCCUAGCACAGCUGACGCCGGUCAUAUCGCUGGUGGUGCCGGUGCGCCUCCAGACGAACAUGCCCUCCUAUGCCAGUGCGCUGUACACCACUCUCUCUGGGAUCCUGGCAUCGGCUCGCUCCCAGGAACCUAUCUGCUGCACGGCCAUGGUAAUCAUGGGCCAGCUGGAGCAGGACAAACUGCAGAGAUCCUACCUGAAGAUCCCCACGCCAGAUUUCAAGAGCUGCCUGCCCCUGACUCUGCCCUUGUCCCUGGAGCUGGGCUGUGGGUCUACUGAGGCUUAUGGAGGGGUAGGUGGGAGCAAACGCAUGCUCUCCCCUGCGGCUAGUCUGGAGCUCAGCACAGAAGCCCAACGCCAGCAAAAACGAGUAAAGGAGGAAGAGGGUGAGGAAGAGGAAAAUCAGGGAACUGGGAGAAAACUGGAAGGAAGGGUGGAGAAACAGAUGGAAAAGGCAGAGUUAGGAGUAGUAACUGUGAAAGUUGAGGAGGAAGUAGAGGAACAACGGGACCUUGAGGGGCAACUGGACAAAAGAGAGGUGCAAGGGAAGGCUGAACCUAAGAAAGAAGAGAAGGAAGAAGGGGAGGAGGGCCAGGGAGUGAGUACUUCCCACCUACCCCAAUGUUCAGAGCGAGCCAGAGCCCCCUCUUACCCCAGCCUCCACACCACCACCGCAGUCAGCUGGUGCUACUUGAAUUAUUUGAAGCCUAACCCCUCUGCUCAAAGGGAGCCACAGACCUCUGUUUACUCCUCCUGGAGUGUCAGUGUGCACAAUCCCAACCUGCCAGGCUUGUCCACCAAGCUGGCUUUGUCCCUGCUGAGCUCCAAGCAAAAGCAUAGCUCUGAAACCUACACAAUGGCCACGGCUCCUACUCCAGCCACGGGUAAGGUUGUUCCAGCCAGCAGCCGGAAGCCCUGCAUUUCAGAGAUACAUGCUACCCCACCCAGCACCCCCGUCGAAGUGAAGGAGCCACCACAGCAGCCUGUGAAGGACAAGAAGAAGGGGAAGAAAGAGGAGCAAGGGCCCUCCUCCAAACAGAGUGAGCCUUCCCGUGUCCGUAUCUUCGAGGGCGGCUACAAGUCCAAUGAGGAGUAUUUGUAUGUGCGUGGUCGUGGCCGAGGAAGGUAUGUGUGUGGAGAGUGUGGCAUCCGCUGUAAGAAACCCAGUAUGCUGAGGAAACACAUCCGCACACACACAGACGUCCGGCCAUAUGUCUGCAAGAAUUGCAACUUUGCCUUUAAAACCAAAGGGAACCUCACCAAGCACAUGAAGUCCAAGGCUCAUGGGAAGAAGUGCCAGUCAAUGGGAACCUCUGUGUCUUCACUGGACGAGCCUGAGGAUGCAGGGGGUAGUGAAGAUCGUGUGUGUGGCUCUGAGGACCAGGAUGAGCACCAGUUUUCAGAUGUGGAGGAUUCAGAGGACGAUGACUACGACGAGGAAGAGGAAGGGUCCUCGUCCUACGAUGAGCCGCCUUCCUCCUGCUCCUCCGACACCCGUCCAUCCACUGGGGAGCGCUCCAGCAGUGUACCCCGGCAGACCACCUCUGAUUUCUCCAACCUAGAACCCCAACUUGGUCACAGUUCCAGCCCUUGCCCUAGCCAGGAACCUUCUCCCUCCUUGAGACGGUGGGCCAGUGGACAUGCUGGCUCUCCGGGAAGCAGGAGGGUGCUGUUCUCCCGUCAGGGCUGGGACCCCUCCCCCAGGCCUUCCUUCUCCCCAAGCAGUGAGAGCUGCUCUCCCAUCCAAAGCUUUUCCCCGAGACUGGAGCUGGCCACCACCAGCCGACACUUCUCCCCCUCCCCCGAAAGAGGACCUUCCCCGAUCAGAGCUCUCUCCCCAGUGUCCUCCAUGCGUCCUCUCUCCCCACUCCAAACAAUGUCUCCCAGCCGGCAAAAGGCGUCGCAGGUCCGGGCAUCUCAUUCACCCCUGAGGGUUCAGCACAGACCCCGCUGCUCACCCGUUUGUAUGCCCGGGGACAGCUACAGCACGAUAACCAGUGAUCACAGACAAGAGACAUUAGGAACACCAAGUCAAUGGCUGAUGAGUCCAGAGCCCAGCCUGUCGUUCCCUCCAACGUUCCACCUCUCCCUCAGUGACAGGCCAGCUCAUUCCACAGCCCAGUCCCAGUCCAAGGACCGUAUCUUCAGCCACCUGCCCCUGCAUUCACAGCAGGCCAGGGUGCCCUACCUUAUGAUCCCCAUCGGGGGCAUUCAAAUGGUGCAGGCUCGCCCCCUGUCCCAUCCCACCACCCCCACCUCACCCCCCUUCUCCUCUUUCCCAAUAGAGGGGCUUCUACCACUGGGCCAGACCUGCAGGGAACCACCCUGGGACGAGACCCUGAAACAUCAAGGGCUUAGAACUCCUGUGCCCCACCGGUCUGACUACCAGGAAAGAGUAGCCAGCCAAUCAGUGCUGUGCAUUCCCAGUGUGACUCCACCCAUAAGAUCCGAACCCUCACCCUUGCAGAAGGGUAAUGCAGAGCCAGCGCCAACAGACGCAGAGCAAUAUGGCAGCUUACACAGUUCCUCCCACUCACACAAGUCUGAAGCAGAGAGCAUAGAACGACCCACAGGACUGCCACCUUGUCAGCCGGGCCCCUCUCCCACAGCCAGAAUUGGACAGAUAUCUGAGAGGGAGGAGCCAUCAGGGCCACAGUCCAGAUCCAAUGAUUCAGAAUUGGUGGAAGGAGGAGCCAAAAGCGGAGACUCAGCCAAUCCAGACCAGAGCACUUAAUAGUCUCCCCACUUUGAUUCGUCAGGCAUUCUUUACACUUUUUGUUGUUACUCUUUUUUUGGGGUUUUGUAUUGAUUAGUUUUGAUACAGUUUUCAAUACAAUUGUUAACUUAAAUAUUUGUUUUCUGCAAUAUUCAGGUUUGUUAUAAAAUGCACUUGACAAUAUUAUUUCUGUAAAUCUCACAAACUCUUCUUUAUCACUGUUCAUACUGUUAUCUUAAUAUCUGUUUGAAUAUACAUGUAAUAUGAAUUUGUAAAUGACCAAAAUCUUUAAUGAACAAUAAUUCUAAUUUUAUUUUGUCCCUUUGUCCAGUAUUACUCAAACUGUAGUUACUUGUGCCUUUUUUCUCCAAGUUUGUGUCUUGAGAUGUAGACAAAGAUAAAAGGCUGUGAAGUUUUGAUAUACUUUUUGUGUUUCCAUGGAGGUGGUUCCUAUUUUGCAUAAUAUUUGUUUGUAUCCUUAAGGCCAAUGCUUUGAUGUCAGGGUAUUUUAAAAUAUGAUAUGAGAUAUAUAUCAUAUUUUGAUACAUAGCUAUAUUGAAGGAACAACUGAGAGCUUUGCAAAGAAAAUGCACUGAAGUCAUAUUUUUAUUUAAAAAAUAUUUAUCUCUAUGUGUCUCUCUAAAGAGAAGAGAGCUCCAUAUUUAUUGUUUUGUUAAACUUUAAAAGUGAUUCUUGUUUGAAAGUUUUUUUACUUUUCUUUUUUUAGUCUGUGUGUCUGUAAUUAAGAUGGCCAGUGUACAUUUGGAUGGUACAAAAAGGAAAAAGUGCCCUACAAAUUUUUGGACACAGCACAUUUCUAGUCUCUGAACCAAUAAAAAGUGCACCAGAAUUCUGUGAGGCUGUGUUUUACUUCAGUUUUGUUUUUCUUGUUUUUGAAAAUCUGCUUUUCUUUUAAAGAAGUGGUGUGUAAAGUUUUAGUGCAGCACUAUUGAACUGUGGUAUUGGAGGCCUGAACGACUACUGUUUUUCAUCCUAAUAAAUAACUAAAUGAA